AUGUCAGUGGACAUUUUUCUGGAGUGGGCAGACAAAUUCAAACAUGACUCCGAGGGCCAACAGCUGGGCAGCGCGCGAGUCAACCGAGACGCCCAGGGGUCCCCAGACACACCUGAAAUCCGGGCUCCUGAGACCGUCUCCGGGGCACGAAACCUGCACAAAGGCCACAUUCGUGGGAGCAACGUGACACGAUACAGGCCACACAUCGGUGGGAGGGAAGUGGAGCACAGCGCAGGCAGCCUCCUGUUGGCGUCCCCACUUCGGGCCCAGGAGCUGGAAAUGACUGGGCCUUGUCAUUGCUCACAGUAUGAAAAAGCUUUCUCACCCAAGUAUCUGCAGAACUGGUCUCUCGCCAAGCCAACAAAAGAGAGGAUUUCUUCUCAUGAAGGCUACACUCAGAUUAUCGCCAAUGAUCGUGGUCAUCUGUUGCCUUCAGUGCCCCGUUCCAAGGCAAGUCCUUGGGGUUCCUUCAUGGGCACCUGGCAAAUGCCUCUGAAGGUACCCCCUGCUCGGGUGACCCUGACCUCCCGUACAGCUGCUGGUGCUGCCUCCCUUACCAAAUGGAUACAGAAAAAUCCUGAUUUACUCAAGGCCUCCAAUGGGCUACAUCCUGAAAUCUUAGGCAAGCCCCGUGAUCCAGAUAGUCAGAAGAAACUUGAGAAGUCUAUCACAAAGACUGUACAGCAAGCACCAAGUCCAACCAUAAUCCUAAGCUCCCCAGAAUCAAAUCUCAAUUCCCCAGAUCAACUCCAAAGCUCACACCCCUCUGAAGGUCACACUCCGGGUCCCCAAAGCCCACCCAACUCUCCAAAGAGUCCACCUGGAAGCCCAUGUAUGCUAGAACACUGUGCAGGUCCUAAUUUAGCCGAGGUCCAGAAAUGCAAACCUGGAACUCCAUUAGGGACUAAGGGACCACACUAAGAAAACCUGUCUAGAGAUUGAGUGAUGUAAGCAAGACCCCCCAGUCAGGGAAAUUAU